AAUAAAUUGAAAGUUUGAGGAAGCCGUCAAAACGUCGUGUCCGUGGCUUAGCUUGUAUUUCGGUCGCGCAAUCGUUCGAUCAAGAAACGGGAAUCCAUUCAGAAUGUCCGCCAGCCUCAUUCUUUCCGGGGACUACCGCGACCAUGGCGCCCAACAACCAUGCCAGCAACAACAACAACUGUUGCACCAGCAAGCUCCCCUGCAUUCAGUACUCCCGUAUAUGCUUAUCGAAGAUGAGGUGCACGGAGUUAUUGAGCUGCCGAGCCACAUACAGGAGAUUGUGGAGCACCCGCUGUUUCAACGCCUGAAGAAGAUUCAUCAGCUAGGCCUAGUGGCGUGGGUGAUAGCACCACAUGCUAAUCAGAAACGCUACGAUCAUUGUUUGGGCACCUACAAAAGCGCCCAGGAGCACUUGAGAGCUAUUGAGCGCAACUCUAAAUAUGAGACUAAGCUGCCCGAUUGGUGUCGAAAGGCGGUAGAGAUAGCAGCUCUCCUGCACGACAUCGGUCACGGACCGAUGUCGCAUGCCUGGGAAAAAGCUUCCCAUAACAAAUUCAAUCACGAGGAAAAUGCUCUGGACUGCGUGGAUCGCAUAUUCAAUGAUGCCCGCCACCCGGAGCUUGUGGCUUUGCGGGAUGAAGGUAGUGGCCGUGGAGUUCGGCUAAUAAAGGCAUUAAUAUUGGGCGACACUGAGUACCUGAACUUUCCAAUGAUGGGGCAUGCCUACAUCUUUGACAUCGUGCACAAUAAUCGCUGCGGCUUGGAUGUGGACAAGUGGGACUACCUCCGACGCGACAAUAAACGUCUCAAAAUACUCGGCCCUGAAGAGAUGGACUUUGAUAAUAUAUUUCUUAAAUCACGCAUAUCACAGGACGGCCAACGUAUUGAGUAUCGUUAUGAUGACUAUCAUCGCAUCUAUACUUUGUUCGCGGCACGAGCGCGUCUCCAUGUUGAGGCCUAUCAGCAUCCAAAAAAUGCAGCUGCAGAAAAGAUCUUCGUGGAUUUGGUACAGCGUUUGGCGCCGCAGAUGUUUGACCUUCGAUCCAAGGACGCUGGCUGGUUGAAUCUGGAUGAUGACUAUAUCCUGGAGAUGGUCAAAAAUGAUCCAAUGGCCGCAUAUAUCCGUGAACCUCAACGCGUUGUCGAACUGCCAUCUCUCGAUUGUUCAGGUGCCAAUGCCUUACCCGUUAGCAGAAUCAUCGAGGGACCUGGCAGUACUAUGAAGCCCGAUAAGGCUUUCGCUUUGUAUGGCGAUAAGCGCAAGAAGCGUAAAAUCAAUCGAUGUCUGAGUGCAACAACAUUCAACAAGUGCUUUACAUUGGAAUGAAAAUGCGCAGCACAAUCUUCACAAUAAUUUCUAAGAAUUGAGAGAAAUUUUCGUUGUUUUUUAUGUUCCAUUUUUAUGUUUCUGUUUGCCUAGUAUGUAUUCUUGUGUUACUCUUGACAUUUUUUUUAGACAUUGAUUGAAGAACAAAACUCAGUUUUAUUAUUGAUUUUAUUCCCCGUUCGACAACAAACAGAGUCCAAAGCCGAAGUGUUCUUAGAAUAAUCAUUUAUUAUUUAGUACAUUCUAUCAUCAUACGUUUUCUUAAAACUAGAAUACUAACACAAAAAUUUCAACAGUUCACUUGAAGACAUCACAAUUCGAAUUCAGGUCUUUCUAACCUUAAGUACACACUAAUCAAUAUAAAUAUAAGAUGUAUUUUUGAUAACCAAUUUGAAAUAUACACAAGAGAAAACAA